AGAGAAGGCAGUGUUUCAUACAGAAAACAUCACAUCAACAUUUAGGAGUGAAUUACAAAGGAACAGAUAACAAACAUCAACAGAAGAAUGCAAGAACUCACAGGAAAUCCAGAUCACACAUCCGUGUCGUUCCUCACCUGCUUCCUCCAUCUCACUUCAUCGUCUCAGUAGCCGUGAACCGACGGCUCAGGAACAGGUGGCACCAUGCCCACUCCGGUCAAGUCGUCUCUAGACGGUAUGGCAUGUGACCCAGGGGAGCUGGAGCAGGUGGAGCGGGCAGUCCCAGCAGGUUUUGGGAAAGUGCCCCGAGACUUGGUGAGAAACUUCCCACAUACUAAACGUGUGGGCAGCUACCUGGUGGGCAAAAUGAUCAACAAAGGCUCUUUUGCUAAGGUGAUGGAGGGGAUGCAUAUUAGCACGGGAGAGAAGGUGGCCAUUAAAGUAAUCGAUAAGAAGAAAGCACGGCAGGAUGCGUAUGUGUUGAAAAAUAUGAAACGUGAGUCGAGGAUCCACCAGAUGAUCCGUCACCCCAACAUCGUCCUUCUGCUGGAGACCCUGGAGACCGAGAACUGCUACUACAUGGCCAUGGAACUGUGCACCGGAGGAGACCUGAUGGACAGAAUCUGUGAACGCAAGCGUCUGGAGGAGAGGGAGGUCCGCCGAUACACGCGGCAAAUCCUGUCCGCUGUCAAUCAUCUGCAUACACAUGGUAUAGUGCACAGGGAUCUGAAAAUUGAGAACUUUCUCCUGGAUGAACACAACAACAUUAAGAUAGUUGACUUUGGUCUCAGUAACACUCUGAAGCCAGACUCUCUCUCACCGGAUCUAUUAAACACUCAGUGUGGAAGUCCUGCAUACGCUGCCCCAGAGCUUCUUGCACACAGGAAGUAUGGCCCUAAAGUGGAUGUAUGGUCUGUGGGUGUGAGUAUGUUUGCCAUGAUGACCGGUACUCUUCCCUUCACUGUAGAGCCAUUCAACAUAAAGCAACUUCAUCAAAAAAUGAUUAAUGGAGAAAUCAGCACAAUCCCCUCUGACAUUAGUAAAGGGGCGGUGCAGUUUGUUUUGUCUUUGCUGGAGCCGGACCCAGAGAAGAGGCCGAGUGUGAAAGCAGCACUUGAGGAGAGCUGGCUUAAUGAGGGCUACACCAAGAGACUUGUACACACUGUGGUCUAUAAGAACAGACUGCAUCCGGAAGAGCUCAACUCAGCUGUGUUAAACUACAUGACUGAAGCGCUUGGCUAUGGCCUCUCAGACAUCAUACACACAGUCAUCAACAACAAACCCUCCACCAUCUUAGCUACCUACCAACUCCUGCUAAAAAAACUGAGCAGGCAUCAGAAAGGAUUCAAGAACAUGAAGAAGUUGGAAUCCACCGAGUGGAAUCUUCGAAAUAAGGCUGGGUGGAAUGAAAGGAGCAACACACCAGACAGGAGUCAGCAACAGAAGACUCAGAGUGAGAGUAGCAAUAACAGGAGCCAGAGGCAGUCAGGUAAAGUACAGAGGAUCCAAUCACAAGACAGAGAUUCUCUCAGAAGGCCAGAAGAGGUGAUCAGACAAAAGCAGUCAAGCUCAGAUCAAAGAGCAUCUACCCCUACCAAUCAGCCUGCAGACGUCUUUACCAGCAAUGACACUGCAAUCAUGGAGAUAAGAGAGAGCCUGUUUCCUGAAGUCCCAGUGCUUGGUGAGAAGGAACUGGUUCAUGCAUCACCCCUCAAAUGCCCCUGCAGGGAAAGAAGCAGCUCAAAGCUUUGUAAUUGCAAUUUGUGUGAUGCUCCAAUCAUUUUGGAAAGUAAAAAAGACUCCAGCAAAACACUACCUGAUCAUGACCUGAGACCAACACACUUUGAGAACUCUUCGAGAGAGGAUCCUGCACACCAGCAUGAUGACAAAUUGGAAAAGAUACAGAUGUUCUACUCUGAAAAAGUGGUAUCGCCCAGAAUGCAUCUAGACAGUAAAGCAGGUCAGCGUUUUAAAAACCUCCUACUGGCCAUUGAGGAAAAGUCCCACACUGCCCGUCACCUGAGCACAAUGGAAUCCACUUUGCAAACUGCCCCAUUACCGCGGUUACGUCACAGGACUCUCAAAACCAUCUCGCCAAGAAAAGUGGUCUGGGCAGGGCUAAAACAUCACACUGGGCAAUCCACAGGCUCCUCUCUUCUUUUGGUAAAUGGCACAAAACCACCAGCAUUUUUGUCCCAGAGACAUCAGGCUCUGGUUAUCAAGAGUCUGAGGCACACAAAGGAAAAGAAGGUCACCCGACCAGGGGGAGGAAGGAUGAUGGGCAUCCCAGAAAACACAGCAAAAACUCAGCACUUUGUGCCCUUACGGACUAGUCAGCGCAGAGACACAGACCUAAACUUGCCCAUGCUCCCUUCCAACUUCCAGAGCAAGGAAAAGAAAACUGAAUUCCUCAGACUGGAUUUUAGUUGA